AGAGCCCGCACGCGGAAGGAAGCCCGCCAUUGAGUCAAACUCGCAACGUGAGCGAUACGUUAAACUGCACUCUAACAUAAAGGUGCAUUUUUUUUGGUCACAUACCAAUUGUUGGUACAUUUUCAGAAGAAUGGCGUACAGAGGACAAGGCCAGAAGGUCCAGAAGGUUAUGGUUCAGCCCAUUAACCUAAUUUUUAGGUACCUUCAAAAUCGCUCCAGAAUCCAGGUGUGGCUGUACGAGCAGGUCAACAUGCGGAUAGAGGGCUGCAUUAUUGGUUUCGAUGAGUACAUGAACCUGGUGCUGGAUGAUGCUGAGGAGGUCCACAUGAAGACUAAGAACAGAAAGCCUCUGGGGAGGAUCAUGUUGAAAGGAGACAACAUCACCCUACUGCAGAGUGUGACCACCUAGUAACACUGAAGAUGUCUACAGUCUUUUUUUCUUCCUUUUUAUCGUUGAGUAUGUUUGUUUUUGUGUGACAUGGAUAUUUUUUUCUCUUUGCCACAUGGUCCACUUUGAGAAUAAAGUUUUUUUUUUCCAUAUA